ACACGGAAAAAAGCCAACAGCCCAGCAGAAAUGAAUGUUUCAGCACUCUGGACAGCGCUUUGCGUUUGCAUGUGUGGAGCGGCGACCGCUUGCUCAGGAAAGAAGCCGGGAAACAACUCUGGGCGUUUCGUCAAUGCCACACUGGUCCGGAUAAAUGAAUAUUUAAGCGCCGGGUAUAAGAAAGGAGUUCGACCAGUACGGGACUGGAGACAAUCAACAACGGUGGCCAUUGACUUAAUGGUUUAUGCUAUUCUAAACGUGGAUGAGAAAAACCAGGUUUUGACUACAUACGUGUGGUACAGACAGCAAUGGACGGAUGAGUUCCUUGUUUGGAAUCCUGAAGAAUUUGAUGACGUCAAACAAAUUUCCAUACCAACUGCCAACGUCUGGGUUCCAGAUAUUUUGAUCAAUGAGUUUGUGGAUGUAGGAAAGUCUCCCGAUAUUCCGUACGUCUAUGUGGGCAACGACGGGCUCGUGCGCAACUAUAAGCCCAUCCAGGUGGUAACUGCCUGUUCCCUCAACAUCUAUAACUUUCCGUUUGAUGUCCAAAACUGCAGCCUGACUUUCCAGAGCUGGCUGCACACAACUAAAGACAUCAACAUCACGCUAAUAAGGACGCCUGAAGAAGUAAAGGAGGACAAGAAUGUGUUCAUGAAUCAGGGAGAAUGGGAACUGCUUCAUGUUCUCUCCAAAUACAAACAGUUCAGUGUGGAUAGUAAUGAAUACUAUGCUGAAAUGAAGUUCCAUGUUGUGAUCCGGCGCAGACCUUUGUUCUACACAGUAAACCUCUUGUUGCCCAGUAUAUUCCUAAUGGUGAUGGACAUUGUUGGGUUUUACCUUCCCCCAGACAGUGGAGAGAGAGUGUCCUUCAAAAUCACUCUUCUCUUGGGAUAUUCCGUCUUUCUCAUCAUCGUUUCUGAUACACUGCCAGCUACUGCCAUAGGGACACCACUCAUUGGCGUGUACUUUGUGGUGUGCAUGGCUCUACUGGUGAUCAGUUUGACAGAAACUGUUCUGAUCGUGAGGCUGGUGCACAAACAGGAUCUGCAGUCCCAUGUUCCCCAGUGGGUCAAGCACCUGGUGUUGGAAAAAGCCACAAUCCUGCUCUGCAUUCGCAAUAAGAAGUUCUGCCCCCUCCUCUCGCAGGGAUCUGACCUGCCUCUCUACAAAGAGAACAACAUGAACACAGGUGGGAGUUCAGCAGUGCGCUGCAACCAUCACAGCUGCGAAGGCUCCAGAGACACAGGCAGAAACCUUGGCCUUGGGAUGACCGUCCGGGACACCAGCCCUCCCGUCAUGGACAGCAUCUUGCACGAGAUCACCAGCAUCCGUCAGUUCAUUGAGAAGAAGGACGAGAGCAGGGAGAUCGCCAAGGAGUGGCUGCAGGUAGGGUACGUGCUGGACGUCCUGUUGUUCAGGGUCUACCUGCUCACCGUGCUGGCCUACACCAUCACUUUAGGCACCCUAUGGUCGGUCUGGCAGAUCGCCUGACCACAGAGAUAGAUCACAGAUGGAAGGCGCCAUUUCUCUCUCACUGCUUAAAAUAAAUGCAGUGUUAUAAGUAAAUGUGCUGGUAAUGUGAUUGUUAUCUCACAGCAGAAUAACUUGUUGAGCGCUAU